AUGGCAGAAGUCGACCCUUUCGAUUCGGCACUGGACCUGCUCCGCCGCCUCAACCCCAAGCACACCUCGGAGCACCUCGCCGCCAUUAUCUCCCUUGCGCCGGACCUGACUGAGGAUUUGCUCUCGUCGGUCGAUCAGCCGCUGACGGUGCGCCGCUGCAAGCAGACGGGCCGCGACUACCUCUUGUGCGACUACAACCGCGACGGGGACAGCUACCGCUCGCCGUGGUCGAAUCAAUUUGAUCCACCGCUGGAUGGCGCGGCGGGAGGCGUCGGCGGCACGGGCGGUGUUGGGCCAGGUGGAAGCGAGGGCGCGGGCGAAGGCGCGAUUCCGAGCGAGAGGGUGAGGAAGAUGGAGAUCAAGGCAAAUGAGGCGUUUGACGUGUACAGGGAGCUGUACUACGAAGGGGGUGUGAGCAGCGUGUAUUUCUGGAACCUGGAUGAUGGUUUCGCUGGCGUUGUGCUUUUGAAAAAGUCGUCACCACCCGGCGGAUCCUCGGACGGCGUCUGGGACUCGAUUCACGUCUUUGAGGCGAUUGAGCGCGGCCGCACCACGCACUACAAGCUCACCUCGACCGUCAUCCUCUCCCUCGCCACCGCCUCGCCCUCCUCUUCCACGACGACGACGACGACGGGGGCGGCGCUUGCGGGCGAACUCGAUCUCUCGGGCAAUAUGACGCGCCAAGUUGAGCAGGACCUGCCCGUCGACGCAGACGAGAGCCACAUUGCCAACGUCGGCCGGCUCGUCGAGGACAUGGAGCUCAAGAUGCGCAACCUCUUGCAAGAGGUGUACUUUGGCAAGGCCAGGGACGUGGUGGGCGACCUGCGCAGCGUGGGGAGCCUCAGCGAUGGCGCGCGGGAUCGGGAAACGCAGCGAGAGAUUAUUGGGAGCAUGCGGAGAUGA